CGGUUAAGACGCAUCUUUGCCGCUGAGCGGAGCAAAUACACGUCACCAACUUUCCAAACCAACGAACUUUCUAACUAAACUGAAAAUCGGUUUUUGUGCGUGGAUAUAGUGUUUACUGUUUGGAGGAGAGUGUUGUUUUAGUGUUUUAUGGUGUGGAUGUGGUGUUGCUGAAGAUGCGGGGCGCCUGGGAGGCGUUCUGGCUUCUGGUGCUGGUCACGGCAGCCGCGGCUCAGGUCGACACGAGGCAUUUAUCAGGCGACACAAUAUGUCCCAGCGGCAUGUUCCGAUGCCCCGAGGGCAAGUGCAUCCCGGCGCUGUGGGUGUGCAACUAUCAGCGCGACUGCGACAAGGGAGAGGAUGAAUUUCAGGCGUGUCCGCCGCCCGAGUGCGAGGCGGGGCAGCUGAGCUGCGGCCAGUACGUGUGGAACAAGACGUACUGCAUCCCGCCGCACUACCGCUGCGACAUGCACGUCGACUGCGUGGACGGCACCGACGAGGCGGACUGCACGUACCGGAAAUGCCAGGCAGACGACUUCCAGUGCGGGCUAGAGGGCGCAGGCUCGGGGAAGGUGUCGUCACAGGGACCCUGCAUACCGAAGGAGAAGAAAUGCGACGGAUAUUUAGAUUGCAGAACAAGCAAGGAUGAACAGGAGUGUCCGGGGCAGUCAAUAGCAUGUCGACUCGACCAGUUUAAGUGCGCGUCCGGGGACAAGUGCAUAGACACUUCCGCCAAAUGUGACCACAAGGACGACUGCGGCGACAACUCAGACGAAGCUAAUUGUAAUUUCCCCCCGUGCCACAUCGGGCAGUUCCGCUGCAGCAACGCGCUGUGCAUCCCCGCCACGUACCACUGCGACGGCUACCGCGACUGCGCCGACGGCUCGGACGAGAGCAACUGCACGGCCAUCGCGUGCCCCGACAACAAGUACCUGUGCCCGCGCGGCGGCCCGGGCGGCGCGCACAAGUGCAUCGCGCGCGCGCAGCUGUGCGACGCCAAGCGCGACUGCGACGACGGCGCCGACGAGGAGGCGGCCUGCUCGACGUCGUCCUGCCCGGUGCUGGAGUGCGAGUACAAGUGCGUGGCGUCGCCGCUGGGCGGCGCGUGCGCGUGCGCGGCCGGCCUGGCGCUGGCGCCCGACAACCGCACGUGCGUGGACCGCGACGAGUGCCGCGAGUGGGGCCCCUGCCACCAGCUGUGCAUCAACACGCCCGGCUCGUACACGUGCGCGUGCGCGCCCGGCUACGCGCUGGGCGAGCGCGGGCGCUGCUCGGCGCGCGCGGACGGCGCGUGGCUGGCGCUGGCGCACGAGCGCGGCCUGCUGCGCCUCGACCUGCUGGGCCGCGCGCCCGCGCCGCUGGCCAACGCGUCCGGCGCCGCCGGCCUGGACUUCCACCACCGCCGGAACCUGCUGUUCUGGUCCGAUCUCAAGACCAGAAAGAUCCAUUCGCAACAACUGAACGCUCCAGCCGGCAUCACGACGUACGGAGGGAACGACAUAACUAUAGCAGGUUCUUGGGCUCCAGUGGCCCUGGCGGUGGACUGGGUGGGAGACAAGCUGUACGUGGCCGACGCCAUGGGGCAGAAGAUCGACGUGUUUGAGCUCGACGGACGGUGGCAUGCUGUAGUUUUGGGGUCCAAUCUAACGAACCCAGCGGAUAUCGCGCUAGACCCGACGCUCGGUUUGAUGUUCGUCGCUGAUAGCAGUCAAAUUAUCCGAGCCAACAUGGACGGCACGCAUACGAAGUCAAUCGUUACCGAAGCGACGUACAAAGCCUCUGGUAUAGCGGUAGACACAAUAGCGAGACGAAUUUUCUGGUGCGAUUCACUACUGGACUACAUCGAAACCGUAGAUUAUGACGGCAACUACCGAUUUUUAGUGUUAAGAGGUCAACAAGUGCCCAGUCCUUCCAGAUUAGCUCUUUUUGGAGAUAGAGUAUAUUGGUCCGACAGCACCAAGCAAGGAAUUAGUUCUGUUAAUAAAUACGAAGGCUCGUCAAGCAUUCAGGCCAUUUACAAAACCAAAGACAUCCGGGAGCCGAAAGCGUUGACUGUUGUUCACUCCCUCAAGCAAACUUCAGUGAACAAUCCUUGUGGCGUUAACAACGGAGGAUGCUCACAAAUGUGUAUAGUGACUGCCUUACAAAAUGGAGGCUUAGGGUAUAGAUGUGCGUGCAAUAUAGGAUAUAGGUUAGAAACUGACCUGAGAAACUGUGAUAUAGUUAAGGAAUUCCUCAUGUAUUCCCAGCAGAGGUUUAUUAAAGGAAAAGUAUUGAACCCAGUUAUUGAAGGGUUCAGUGACGCAAUUCUACCAGUGGUUUCGAGACGAGCUAGAUUCGUAGGAUUGGACUUUGACUCGCGAGACGAACAUAUUUACUACUCUGACGUUUUGCAAGAUGUCAUUUAUAGAGUACACAGAAAUGGAACUACACGGGAAAUCGUUUUAGCAUCCCAGAAUGAAGGAGUCGAAGGCCUAGCGGUGGAUUGGGCUUCAAAGAAUUUAUAUUACAUUGACUCGAGAAAAGGGACGCUAAACGUUUUGUCGACAAGGAAUAUCGCAUAUAAGAGAACUUUACUAAAAGAUUUAAAAAGACCUCGCGCUAUCGUAGUCCAUCCAAAUAAGGGAUACAUAUUCUUCUCAGAAUGGGACCGACCGGCAAACAUAAGCAGAGCAAAUACUGACGGUAGUGGACUUCUGGUAUUCGAGAAUGUCACUUUGGGUUGGCCGAAUGGUUUGUCUAUAGAUUUCGAUGAGAACAGAGUUUAUUGGUGUGAUGCUUUACUAGACCACGUGCAACAUGCAAAACUUGAUGGCACAGACGUUAAAACCGUUAAUUCUAGACUAAUAAGACAUCCAUUUUCAAUUGUUAUUUAUAAAGAAUUUAUGUAUAUCACCGAUUGGAGAUUGGAUGCGAUUGUUCGGUUGCACAAAUUGACUGGGGAGCAAGAGGAUAUCAUGGUCAGAGAACCUCAGACGAACAGGUUGUAUGGUGUCAAAGUGUACAGUCAAGACAUUCAGAAGAUUGAUCCUAAUCAACCGUGCUCGAUAAACAAUGGAAAUUGCCAGAAGUUCUGCUUUGCUGUUCCGAGGAAUAACACGGAAUUAUUGACGGUUAAAUGCGGUUGUCCGUACGGCGAGAAGUUAGCUCUGGACGGCACGAGUUGUAUCGCGGACCCGAACUCGGAACCGCCAGUUCAAGCUUGCCCCAACACCUGGGACUUCACUUGCAACAACCAGAGGUGCAUUCCCAAAAGCUGGGUGUGUGAUGGUGAUGACGACUGCUUGGACAACAGCGACGAGGAACAAAACUGCACCAAGAGCACGUGCAGCGCGUCGGAGUUCAUGUGCAAGUCGGGGCGCUGCGUGCCCGCCACGUUCAAGUGCGACUCGGAGAAUGACUGCGGCGACUUCUCCGACGAGACGGGCUGCGUCAACGUCACGUGCAGCUCGGCGCAGUUCCAGUGCGGCAACGGCCGCUGCGUGCCCAGCACCUGGAAGUGCGACUCCGAGAACGACUGCGGCGACGGCUCCGACGAGGGCGCCCACUGCGCCGACAAGACGUGCGCCUACUUCCAGUUCACGUGUCCUCGAACGGGCCACUGCAUCCCGGCGUCGUGGGUGUGCGACGGCGACGACGACUGCUUCGACAAGCAGGACGAGGCGGACUGCCCGCCCGUGUCCUGCCUCGCGUCGCAGUUCAAGUGCGCCGAUCUCAAACAAUGUGUCCAGGAGGCGUACAAGUGCGACGGCAUCCCGGACUGCAACGACGGCUCGGACGAGGCGGGCUGCCCGUCGCUGGCGCCGCACCAGUGCGCGGCGGAGCGCCAGUUCCAGUGCGCCGCGUCGGGCCUGUGCAUCCCGCGCACGUGGCACUGCGACGGGACGCCGGACUGCGAGGACUUGUCGGACGAGCCGGCCACGUGCGGCGCGGCGGCGUGCGGCGCGGGCCACUUCCGCUGCGGCAACGGGCGCUGCGUGUUCCGCGCCUACGUGUGCGACGGCCGCGACGACUGCGGCGACGGCUCCGACGAGGGCCUGCAGCACGCCUGCCAGCCGCCGCCCUUCAGAUGUCCGUCAGGUCAAUGGCAAUGUCCAGGAAUAACCAACCGCUGCGUCAACCUCACUCAGGUGUGCGACGGGAACUUCGACUGCCCCAACAGCGCUGACGAAGGUCUAGCAUGUGACUUUACGAGCUGCCAACUUAGUUCGAGUCUCUGCUCCAACGAUUGUAAACAAACGCCAGAUGGGCCGCUUUGCCUUUGUCCCAGCGGAGAGGAAUUGGAAUCAGAUGGAUACACCUGCAGAGAUAUCAACGAAUGUGAUCCUCCGGGACUAUGUUCACAAGUCUGCACAAACACUAAGAGAUCUUACUUCUGCAGUUGCGUCGAAGGUUACCAACUAAACGCAGAUAAGCACUCAUGCAAGGCAAACAACCAUUCCAGCGCUUUCCUCAUAAUCUCCAAUCGACACUCUAUCUUAGUCGCGGAUCUAAAUGAACAAGGCCUCGAAAGGGUACCGAUAAAUGUGGAAAAUGUGGUCGCUACAGCAUCCAACAUGCACACUGGCACAAUAUUCUGGUCGGACAUGAAACUUAAGAAAAUCUCUCGAUUGGACAGAGGUAGUGAACCUCAAGUCAUUAUUUCCACUGGAUUAGAUUUAGUGGAAGGAUUAGCAUACGAUUGGGUGGGCGGUAACAUCUACUGGUUGGACAGCAAACUCAAUACGAUAGAAGUUGCGAAAGAGGACGGAAGCGCCAGAACUGCUUUACUAAGUGGAAAUAUAACGCAACCCAGAGGAAUGUGCUUAGACCCCGCUCCAAACGCUAAGUGGCUGUUCUGGACCGAUUGGGGCGAAAAUCCUCGCAUCGAAAGAGUCGGAAUGGAUGGAACCCACCGAGAAGCGAUUAUCACAACAAAAAUAUACUGGCCCAAUGGACUAACUUUAGACACAGCCACACAAAGAGUAUAUUUCGCUGAUUCCAAACUUGACUUCAUCGAUUUCUGCUACUACAACGGUACUGGGCGUCAACAGGUGUUGUCUGGAAGUCAUUACUUGUUACAUCCGCAUUCCCUCACAUUAUUCGAGGACACUCUGUACUGGACUGAUCGGCAACUAAACAGGGUUCUAUCGGCGCACAAGUUCAGGGGCACGAAUCAAACUGUAGUAUCGCAUUUGAUAUCUCAGCCGCUAUCUAUCCACGUGCACCAUCCGUCUCUGCAGCCGCAAUACCCGUCUCCGUGUAAAAAGGACACUUGUCAACAUCUGUGCUUGCUGAGCCCGAAUAAAACAAGCGGCUAUAGUUGCAUGUGCAAGCCAGGAUUCAAGCUGUUGCCUGAUGGAAAAUGUAUCGAAGAGGAGAACUCAUAUUUGAUGGUGCUAAAAGGAUCCCAAAUCAUUGAUCUAUCAACGGAUGGCUCGGGAAGGGCUGGGCAACUACCUCCUGUGGUUGGUAUUCAAGGUGGCGUACAACUAGACUAUGACCGUCAAGGACACAUGCUUUACUGGCUCCAAUCGAUCUCGGGUGACAGUGAAGAUGACGAAAACUGUACAAUCUACACUAUGCCUUAUGGCGGUGGAAAUAAGGUUGAAUUCUUUGGUCAGGACACGGGCAUUGUAGGCUCCCCAUCUUCAAUAGCAUUCGAUUGGCUCGGAAGAAACUUAUUCAUGGCCAAUAAAAUCGCCAGCAAUAUUGAAUUGAUCCGAGUAGACGGCAAAGUAAAAUAUAGGACGAUUGUCUUUGCAAAUGAUGGCAGCAAGAUGUCUAUCGCCAAACCUAAGGGAAUAUGCUUGGACCCCACGGAAGGUAAAAUCUACUGGUCCGAUGAGGGAGGUUAUGGCGUUCCUGCAAAAAUCGGAAAAGUCAACAUGGACGGAAGCAACCCCACCAUCCUCGUCGACAACAUCGAGAGGCCCGAGGCCAUCACCAUCGACAUCGACAGGAAGAUAGUUUACUUCAGCACGCAGUACCCAGCGAGCAUCAACAGCAUGAACACCGAGGGCAACGAUCGGAAAACUAUACUCACCGAGGCCAACGCCAUCUCCUACCCCAAGGUCAUAGCCGUCCUCGACUCGCGUUUAUACGUGUUGGAUACGCGCCACGAAAAAAUCUUCAAGGCGGACUUACCCAACGGAGACAACAUUAAAGUCAUAUUAGACAACGAGAGCGAUUUGAAAUCGCUAACGAUCUUCCAGAAGAGAAAAAUGAUGCAUCACCCCUGCUCGCAAAACAACGGUGGCUGUGAACAAAUAUGCAUCCCUAGCGAGGGAGGCUCUAGAAUUUGCUCGUGCUCCAUCGGGUACCGAAAGGAGAACGAAGUCAACUGCGUGCCCUACAAGACGUUCGCGGUGGUCUCGCAGCUGGACCUCAUCCGCGGCUACAGCCUGGACAGCAGCGCCGAGGCCAUGGUGCCGGUCAGCGGCGCCGGCCACCACAUCCUGCACGUCGACACGCACUUCGCGGACAACUACGUGUACUGGGUGGAGUUCAACCGCGGCCAGUGGAACGGGAUCUUCCGGGUCAGGCCGAACGGGUCGGACCUGCAGCAUGUCGUGAGAGACGGGAUCGGCAGCAACGGAAUACGAGGCCUCGCCGUCGACUGGGUCGCGGGGAACUUGUAUUUCACCAACGUCUUUCCCCAUGAAAACUAUGUAGAGAUGUCUUGGCUCGACGGCUCCAAUAGAAAAGUUAUUUACAAAACCACCAUGGAUGCCCCGAGAGAAUUAGCCGUCAAUCCCCUAAAGAGAUUGUUGUAUUGGAUUGAUUACGGCCAAUAUCCACGUAUAGGAAAGGCUUACCUCGACGGAAGCAACUGGCAAACGGUUGUCAGCUCCGGCAUAUCUAACCCCAGAGAUUUAACUAUCGACAUGUUAACGCACGACGUGUACUGGGUGGAUUCCAAACUCGAUCAAAUCCAAAAGAUCUCCUACAACGGUGGCAACAGACAACUCAUCAGAUCCAAUCUUCCCAACCCCAUGGGCAUCGCGAUACACACCGGUAGUGUAUACUGGGUCGAUAGAAACUUGCAAACCAUUUACAAAGCAUCCAAGCUACCCGGUAACAUGUCUAUGCCGGAAAAGAUACGCACUAACCUACCCAAACUCAGGGACAUCGUUAUAUUCGACAUAAACAAUCAACCCACCGAUGAGAACAAUCCCUGUAGGAAACUCGGAAACGGAGGAUGCGAUCAACUUUGCUUUAGCUAUCCGCCCGAAGCGAACAAAGGUUACACACACAGAUGCGAUUGUGCUACUGGUCAGAUAUCUGCGAGCAACCCGAAAAAAUGCGAUGCCGUUGAUGAGUACCUUGUUUUCACAACGAGGACUGAAAUUCGUGCUGUCAACUUAGACCCCAAAUCCACCGGUAUACCGUUCAAGCCUAUCGGCAAUCUUACCAACGUCGUAGGGGUUGAAUUCGAUUACGCAGAUAACAAACUAUUCUUCACGCAAAUAAGACCUUACGCGAGGAUCGCUUGGAUGUCGGCGAACAGCCCCGACCCUGCGGGCAUACAGAACAUUAUAAGUAAGAACAUCAAUCCCGAAGGUAUAUCGUACGACUGGACCCAGAAGAAAGUCUACUGGACCGACAGCUCUAAUAAUUCUAUUUACGCGAUGAACUUGGAUGGCACCGAGUUGGUAAUGAUCGCUAGAGUGGAACGCCCCAGGGCCAUCGUCGUGGACCCGUGCAAUGGAACUUUGUACUACACCGAUUGGGGUCGAUUCGGUACAUCGGGAAAAAUCUACAGGACUACUAUGGCGGGGUCUCUCAAGAAGGCUAUCAUAGACAAGGAUCUUUCACAGCCGAGUGGCCUCACGAUUGAUUUUGACGAGGAUAUGUUAUAUUGGACUGAUGCCGUGCGAGAAAAGAUAGAACGCUCCAAGUUAGAUGGAUCCGAUCGGGAAGUUUUAAUAUCUGCAACGAUCUAUCCCUUCGCGAUUACAGUAUUUAGAAAUUAUAUUUAUUGGACAGACCUACAACUACGAGGCGUUUACAGAGCCGAGAAACACACUGGCGCCAACAUGAUCGAGAUGGUCAAACGACUCGAAGACUCGCCGCGGGACAUUCACAUAUACAGUACGAGCAGACAGACGUGCCAGACUAACCUGUGCAAGAUCAGCAACGGGGGCUGCGCGCAUAGCUGCCACCCCGCGCCCAACAACACCGUCGAGUGCAAGUGCGGCGACGGCACCAAGCUGGUCAACGAGGGCCGCAUGUGCGUGGCCAAGAACAUCUCGUGCGACUCCAGCAAGUUCUUCUGCGCCAACGGCAAGUGCAUCAGCAGGAUGUGGUCCUGCGACGGCGACGACGACUGCGGCGACGGCUCCGACGAGGACACGAACUACUGCGCCUACCACUCCUGCUCCCCCAACGAGUUCCGCUGCAACAACGGCCGCUGCAUAUUCAAAUCGUGGAAAUGCGAUCACGAGAACGACUGCAAAGAUGGCUCGGACGAGGAAGGCUGCGUUUACCCGCCGUGCGCCGAGGCAGAGUUCACCUGCCAGAACUCACGCUGCAUUCCCAAAACACAAGUUUGCAACGGAAUCAACGAUUGCAAAGAUAAUGUCACCUCGGAUGAAACGCACGAGAGAUGUCCGAGGAACACCACUUGUCCGACCAAUCAUCUCAAAUGCGAGAAAACGAAUAUUUGCGUCGAACCGUACUGGCUGUGCGACGGCGACAACGACUGCGGCGAUAACUCCGACGAGGAUCCGCUACAUUGCGCGCAGAGGACUUGUCCGCAGAACAGCUUCCGCUGCCCCAGCCACCGGUGCAUUCCGGCGACCUGGUACUGCGACGGAGACGACGACUGCGGUGACGGCGCCGACGAACCGCCCGAGUACUGUCGCUCGGAGGGCAGGACUUGCUUCGGCGAUCUGUUCACCUGCGAUAACGGCAACUGCAUACCCAGAAUUUACAUCUGCGACGGUGACAACGACUGCCUGGACAACAGUGACGAAGAUGACAGACACCAGUGUAACGAACGUAAAUGUGACGCCGAAACGGAAUAUACGUGCGAAGAAAACAAGUUUUGGAAUAGAGCUCAGUGUAUUCCCAAGAAAUGGCUCUGCGACGGAGACCCCGACUGUAUAGAUGGCGCUGACGAAAAUACGACCAUACACCACUGCUCGACCCCCACGCCGUGUUCAGAAGACCAAUUCCAGUGCACCAACGGUAGAUGCAUCAACGAGGGCUGGGUCUGUGACCAUGAUAAUGAUUGCGGAGACGGCUCCGACGAAGGGAAGCAAUGUAACACGCAGUACAAGAAAUGCUCCGUGAACGAAUUUAGGUGUCAGAAUUUCAAAUGUAUUCGGGAUCACUUUAGAUGUGACGGCGAGGAUGACUGUGGCGAUCACUCCGACGAAGUGGGUUGCGUAAAGGAAAACAAAACGUGCCCCGCUGGCCAGUUCAAGUGUAACAACGAUCAAUGCAUUGAUAAUAGACUGGUUUGUAACAAAGUGUCCGACUGUACCGACGACUCGGACGAGCCCGCGCACUGCAACGUCGAUGAGUGCGCAAAGUUAGAAAUCAACCAGUGCGGGCACAAAUGUAUAGACACGUUGACCGGAUACUACUGCGAUUGCAAUCAAGGUUAUAAGCUGCUGAGCGACGGAAAAGCUUGUGCUGAUGUAGACGAGUGUACGGAAACACCCGGCGUAUGCUCCCAGUAUUGUUCGAACACGCCCGGCUCCUACUACUGCAAAUGUUCCGAACAGUAUUACGAACGCGAAGCAGAUGAACAUACGUGUAAAAGAAAAGACAACAUCACCGCUUGGAUCAUAUUUACGAAUAAAUACUAUGUAAGAAACAUGUCCACGGAUGCAUCUCUUUACAAUCUUGUGCAUCAAGAUCUCAUGAAUGUGGUCGCUAUAGACUUUGACUUUAAGGAAAACAAAAUGUACUUCGCCGAUGUAUCUGCCAAAAUUAUUUACCGAUCCGAUUACACUGAUCCAAACCCAACGAAAGAAGUGGUAAUUCGACACGACUCUCACGGCCUGGAGGGCAUUGCGAUCGAUUGGAUAGGAAGAAAGCUUUAUUGGCUCGACCGACAUUCGAAGAAUUUAGACGUAUCAGAGUUAGAUGGGACCAGAAGGAAAACACUUAAAACUGGCAUCGCUGAUCCGAGAGCUAUCGUUGUUCAUCCGGGGACUGGGUAUUUGUACUACACUUCCUGGCACCUUCAGGCCUACAUUGGUAAAUUGGGUAUGGACGGAUCUAACUAUACUACUGUUUUGGACUGGGACGAUGAUAUCGCCUGGCCUAACGCUCUCACCAUUGACUAUUUCACUGAUAGAAUUUACUGGGCGGAUGCUCAUUUAGACUACAUAGGAUCGGCCGAUUUAGAAGGCAAACACAGACACGUCGUAUUAUCUGGAGAAAAAGUACCGCACGUUUUUGCUCUUAGCCUGUUCGAUGACGAAAUCUAUUGGACCGAUUGGAACCUCAAGGCAAUACUUAAAGCGAAUAAACAUUCGGGAGAAAACAUAACGACGCUAAGAAAUGCCACUCAUCGACCUUACGAUAUUCACGUCGUGCACCCCUUGAGACAACUGCCCUACAACAACCCUUGCGGAAACAAUAACGGAGGCUGUUCUCAUCUCUGUCUCAUCGCUCCGCCGCAUGAAUCUAGCUAUUUAAAUAUCGAUGGCUACGGAGAGGAGGGCGCCACAACGUAUAAAUGUGCUUGCCCCAACCAGUUCUACCUAGCGCGAGAUUACAAAACGUGUAUAGCUAAUUGUACCGACGGACAACAUAGAUGUAACGGCCGCGACGAAAAGUGCAUACCUUGGUUCUGGAAAUGCGAUGGAGAAAAAGAUUGCACGGACGGCUCAGACGAACCGGACACGUGCCCCGUCAGGCAUUGCAGAGCUGGCUCCUUCCAAUGUAAGAAUACUAAUUGCACCCCGGCCGCGACCAUCUGCGACGGCACGGACGACUGCGGCGACGGAAGUGACGAAGCGGAGUGCGCUCACGAAUGUCCACUUCUCGAGUUCAAGUGCAAGUCUAGCGGCAGGUGUAUACUGGAUAGCUGGAAGUGCGACGGCGAUACCGACUGCAAAGAUAACAGCGACGAGGAUCCGGCCAUGUGCCACAAUCGGCCGUGUAAACCUGACUCGGAAUUUUCUUGCAAGAACGGUCGCUGCAUACCUAAAUUAUGGAUGUGUGACUUCGAUAACGACUGCGGUGAUGAUUCCGAUGAACCAGCUUACAUGUGCAGGCAGAAGAACUGCACGAACGGGUGGCGGCGCUGUCCCGGCCAGUCGAAUUACAGAUGCAUUCCGAAAUGGUUGUUCUGCGAUGGAAAAGACGAUUGCAGAGACGGCUCCGACGAAUUACCGGAGAACUGUCCCUCUUGUAACAGUCAAACCGAUUUCACCUGCCAGAACAAACGCUGCAUACCGAAGCAAUGGCUCUGCGACUUUACUGACGACUGUGGCGAUGGAACUGACGAGGCAGAAACGGUUUGCCAACACAAAUACAGAGAGUGUUCCGAGUCCGAAUUCAAGUGCGGCAAUGGAAAAUGUAUCUCAUCCCGGUGGCGAUGCGACCACGAAGAUGACUGCGGUGAUAAUACCGAUGAAAUGGAGUGCGGUGGCUUCAAGUGUAAAAACGGAACCUUCCAAUGUAAAUCAGGACAUUGUAUCGCCGCGUACUUCAGAUGUGACGGCGACCGGGAUUGCAGAGAUCUGUCGGAUGAAAUCGGAUGUCCGCCGAGAUAUCCUGGUGGUAGAUAUUGUCCUGAAAGCAGAUUCCAGUGCAGCAACAACUUAUGCGUAUCGCAAUCGGACCUCUGCGACGGGACCGAUGACUGUGGAGACGGUUCGGACGAGGCUCCUUCGAUAUGUACCAACUUCAACUGUGACACGCUGCGUCGGUUCCACUGUGAUAACCAUCGAUGUGUGCCAAGGUACCAGGUGUGCGACGGCGUGGACAACUGCGGCGACGGCUCGGACGAGAACAACAUGACGCUGUGCGCGGCGCGCGCGCGGCCGUGCGACCCGCUCACGCAGUUCCAGUGCGCCAACCGCAACUGCGUGGCGCGCGCGCAGCUGUGCGACCUGGCCGACCACUGCGGCGACGGCUCCGACGAGCUGGGCUGCCACCACGCGCACGCCUGCGAGCCGCACGACAAGGGCGGCUGCGAGCACUUCUGCACCAACCUGACGCUGGGCGGCGCGCCGGGCGGCUACAUCUGCACGUGCUUCCAGGGCUGGAUCAUCUCGCGCGCCGACAGCAAGCGCUGCGCCGACGUGGACGAGUGCGCGGCGGGCGCGCACCACUGCUCGCACCUGUGCACCAACCUCAACGGCAGCUACAGCUGCGGCUGCCGAGAGGGCUUCAAACUUGCCGACACGUUAUCUGGUAUAUGCAAAGCGGUCGAGAACGAGGUUGUCCUAAUGUACGCGAAUGGCCCAGAAAUACGAGCAUUCGUCCAAGAUAAGAAUGAACAAUACGAUGUGAUUACAUCGGAGAAGAGGAUAGAAGCUAUCGAUUACGAUCCCAAACAAGAGAUGGUGUUCUGGGCAGAUAGCUAUGAAAAGACCAUCAAACGCUCAUACAUGAUCAACGCUCUAAAGGGAGAAGUCAAGAGUGGUUUCGCUCAAGAUCUCAACAUGAAGGGAAAUUCCAAACCUACGGCAAUCGCUCUAGAUUAUAUCGGCGAAAACUUGUACUGGACCGAAACGGAUAGAACCGGUUCGAAACCUAGAGGACGUGUUAUGGUAGCUAGAACAGAUGGUAGAUAUAGAAGAGCUAUCGUUUCCGCAGGAAUCGAAAGCCCAACGUCCUUGGUCCUCGACCCUCAGUUAGGUAAGAUGUUCUGGACUGACGCUGGAUCGGCACCCAAGAUAGAAACCGCGUGGAUGGACGGUUCCAAGAGACGCCCGAUCAUCACAGAAAAUAUACGACAUCCGACAGGUUUGGCGAUCGACCACGCCAUGGACCACGCAAUUUAUUGGGCGGACACCAAACUGAACACGAUAGAAAUGAUAAAACACGACGGAACCAACCGUAAAGUCAUUUUGAAGGGCGAUUUCUUGAAACACCCCCUAUCUUUGGAUGUAUUCGAGUCGUCCCUGUACUGGGUCACGAGGGAAACGGGGGAACUGGUGAGGCAGGAUAAGUUCGGCAGGGGAGUGCCAUUCGUCAUAUCGAAGGAUCUAGUCAACCCGUCGGCCGUGAAAGUGUACCACCCGCUGCGCUACAACAUGUCGGCGCGCGGCGCGUGCGCGCGGGCGCCGUGCUCGCACCUGUGCCUGGCCGUGCCCGCCGGCCGCCGCUGCGCCUGCCCCGACCUGCUCACGCCGCCCAAGCGCGCCACGCACGAGCUGGCGUGCGACGCAGCCAUCGAGGCGCCGCGGCCGCUGCCGCGCGUGUGCCCGUGCCAGAACGGCGGCACGUGCGCGGCGGGCGCGGACGGCGGCGUGCAGUGCUCGUGCCGCGCGCCGCUGCUGCCGCCGCUGUGCGCGUCGGCGGCGGCGGCCACGGCGGCGCGCGCGCCCGGCGCCGCGGCCGUGCUGGUGCCCGUGCUGCUGCUGCUGCUGCUGGCGGCGGCGGCGGCCGGCUGGUUCGUGGUCCGCAAGCGCCCCUUCGGCAAGGGCGGCGCGCUGGGCAGCCUGGCGUCGUCGCAGUCCGUGUCGUUCCGCGCGGGCUCCAACGUGGAGUUCGGCGCGCCCGGCGGCGCCGACGCCUACGCGCUGGGCGAGCCGGCGCGCAAGGGCCGCGACUUCAGCAACCCCAUGUACGACGCCGUGACGCGCGCCGCGCCCGCCGAGCCCGAGCCGCCCCUGCCGGGCAUCUACGAAGUUCCGGAAGAGCUGAAGGACAAGGUGGUGUCGGCGGUGAUCUCGCCGUCGUCCACGGAGACGCGCAGCACCAAGCGCGUGCGCGCGCUGGACCCGGCGGCCGACACCGGCGCCGACACGGCGCAGCUGGUCAAGGAAGACCGGGACUGCUAGCGGCCCCCGCGCCCCGCGCCCGGCCCCCGCCACCCGCAGUGCCCGUCUCGUUCGGAUAAAGCCCGACAUCUGCUACUCUCUCCCCUCCUGUUCGAUCACCUGCGAUCGCCUAUGUGGACGUAACCGUACGAUUCCUUGGGUGAUCGUGGGGAAUUGCUAAAGGAUUCCCGAAGGCGCGCAGCCUGCAGAAUAAAAUAACAGAAAUAAUUGUCUGCAUCGGAAAUGCUUACGAUUUGAAUGACUCCAUUGUUAAUGUGAAUAAUUCAUGCGAAGCUUCUCACUCGCAAAUAUUGUAAAUGAAUAAAAAAAAUAUUUUCUUCAUAUUUCUUGUACUCUGGAAUUUUAGGAUCGAUCGUUUGACGGAGUGCCACUGUUACCGACUUUACUAUAAUUUAAUUGUAGGGGGUGGUAAUAAGAGAAAAGUCUUCUGUGAAGAAGUUUAAAGUUUUAUAAUGUGGGCGAUUUUUUAUUAUAAGUAACGUAAGAGAAAUAAUUUUCACAAGCUGAAACUAAAGAAUGAAAUGAACUGCACAAAUCUAUGUUGCUCUAUUUAAUUCGAUUCUAAACUAUUUUAUACUCUUUCUUAACUAUCCCGUCCAUCUUUAUUCAAAUAUUUAUGUUUUCUUUAUUUUAGUUAAGGGUUAUUCAAGGUAAUUUAAUUAUAUAUUUUUUUCAGUUGGUAACCCCUUGAGGGAGUUUUCGAAUUUCUUCACGUUCACCGCUGUUGAAUAUUUUAUAUUUUAUUUUGUUUGCAUAUUUUAUUUUUAAUCUGUUAUUACUGUUUCCGUGCGAACGUGUUCUACUACUUCCGGCCGUACUUAUGUGUCAGUAUUCUUCUUUUGUUCGUCGUCGAUCGAAAUCAUAUCAUUAAGUGAUAAUAUCAUCUCGUUAGGUGUAUGUAUAUUAUGAGACUUUAAUUAUUAUGAAAUUAAAUAGACUAACAGUUUAUCUCGGCGUUGCUCGAGGUAAUCUAAGGGCUUAUGGGAAGCGAUAAAGCCCACUUUCGACCGUUCUACAUUCCUACGAUAAGUGUUAAAAGUAAACUUUGAUUUUAGUACAUAUAUAAGUAAGAUAGGAUUCGCGACGCGCGUGGCCGCUAUAUCUAGGGUUUUAGGUUCAUUUGACAAUAAGCGACGUAACUAUUUAGAGAAUAAUUUAUUUAUUUCGUUAUAAGACUAUGUAAAAUAUAGCUAUGUUGUGUUUUAUAAUUGUCUAUUAAAAUAUGGUAAAUUAGAUUUUCCUUUGUGGUAACAUUGACGAUUUGCCAUAAAAUGUGAGAGAUAAUGUUUCUGUUGUUUAAUGUUAAAAUAAUUAUCGUCAAUUUUAUUUGUUAUAGAAGCCUUUAAUCGAUGUAAAUAUGUGCGUUCAGGUAUGUGAUGUGUACAUUUUAAAAUAGAAAAUUUAAAAUAUAUUAUAUCGUACGAGAUCCGAUUACUAAUUUUACCGUCUCACUUGAUGGCGUAUUGAUGCUACUUAGUUUUAAUUAAGUUUCUAUUGUAUUUACAUUUAUUUAUUGUUAGGUACUCAGUUUUGUAUGUAUAGUGCCAAUCCUGUAGUACGCUGCUAAUUAAAACUUCUGUCGUUACAUCGACUGUGCAUAGAACGCACAAAUACAAGAGCGGAUACGCUGGUAGCGGGGUACGGCGCGGGUCGCGGGAGACGUGGCCUACCCUCACGCCCCUAUACGUCCAGGUGGUAUCCGGUCCGUAGAUCACGAAGAAACGUUUAGUUAAAAAACUUACAGAUUUGUGACGUUAGUUUACAUUUAAAGAUGUGGUAUGUGUGACGAAUCAGAGAAGACGGUAAAAUUAGCGACUGGACGCAAUGUAUAGAAAAUGUGAAUACCUAUUUAAGUAAAGCAUCACAACAAUUUUUAUAUUAUAACAUUAUAUUACGACCAGAAGCACAUUGAUAAGGAUGAGAAUAACUAUACAAAUGUAAAAAGAAACUGUCAAUAUAUAAUAAAUAAGAAGAUGAAAUAUUUUUGUAUUGGGAUUAUUACUAUUAGUUGUUUGACAUCAGUCGAGAAUAUUGUGUAAAAAUAAAUUAAAUAUGAAUUACAAUG